AUGCCGCACUCUCCUCGUAGGUCUCGCUCCCCCGAGCAUCGCCGUUCCUCACACCGCUAUCAAAGCCCGUCGCCGCCCCGCUCCCGCGACCGUGACCGUGAACGAGACCGAAGAGAUUACCGCGACGACCGCCAUCGAGACCGCGAACGCGACAGGGACCCCCGCGACCGUGAUCGCGAUAGGAGGCAAGAUGACCGCUACGUGAGAGACAGGGGCGACCGCGACCGAGACCGCGACCGCUACCGUGACCGUGGUGAGCGCGACCGUUACGAGCGUCGUUACGAUGACAGAGACUACCGAAGCCACCGUGACCGCGAUCGCGACUACGACCGCCGAGACGACAGGGACAGGGACAGGCGCAGAGACGACGACAGGAGAAGAGACGAUGACAGGCGAGACCGCGGUGACCGUGAUCGGGACCGCGAGAGGGAGCGUGAGCGCGCUAACGGACACUCUGCCGCGCGCUCGCCCGAGCGCCUCCGCACGCCGGCGUCCAACUCUCCCGCUCCCGCCAGCGAGGAGGAGAAGCUUCGUCUGAAGCGCGAGCGUCUCGAGGCCUGGAAGAAGCAGCGCGCUGCUAAGAGCGCCAAUGCGUCAGGCAACGUCUCCGCCGCCAGCACCCCGGAGCCCGAGAAAUCGCCAGCCAAGCGUGAGUUGCUCAAGUCGCUGAUGUGCAACUCGCUAACAUCAGCCGCCCCUGGCAAGUCUGGUCUGUCGUUUAGCGCGCAGUCGCUCGGUCGCAUCGGGCUCGUCAACAAGCCGACGCCGCUGAAGCGCUCGCUCAUGAUGGACGACGAGGAAGUCGAAGACCGCAAGUUGCAAAAGUUAGACAUGCCCAAGGUUGCCGAUGAAGUACAAAGUGGGUCCGCCGCCGGCGUAGAUGCCGUGCCAGAGGAUAUGGCGGCCGUUGACGGCGAUGAAAACGAGGACGACGUUGUCAAGGUCGAAGCCGGUGCCGACGCCGACUCGAAAAUGGACGUCGACGAGGAAGAGGAAGACCCGCUCGACGCCUUCAUGCGCCAGAACGCCCAGGAAGUCAAGUCUGUCAACGUGUCCGACGCCAAGAAGCAGGGCUACGCCGAGGAGCUGGACAGCGAUGAUGACGUCGAGGUACGCAACAAGGCAGAGGAGGAGCUUGCCAAGGCCGAGGCUCUGCUGCAGCUCGCAGCAUCCAAGACCCGCAAGAAGGACCUGCCCACCCCAGACCAUGACGCUAUUGACUACGAACCCUUCAGGCGGAACUUUUACACGGCCCCCGCCGAGGUCCUUGACAUGGACGAGGAGGAGGCUGAGCUCGUCCGCCUCGAGAUGGACGGUAUCAAGGUCCGUGGUCUGGAUGCCCCCAAGCCUGUGCGCAGCUGGGGUGCGUUUGGUCUGCCUCUCGGCUGCCUCGAGGUUAUCCGUGCAAAGGAAUGGGGUGCGCCCACUGCGAUUCAGGCACAGUCGAUUCCGUCGAUCAUGUCCGGUCGCGAUGUCAUCGGUAUCGCCAAGACUGGCUCCGGCAAGACCAUCGCCUUCCUGCUUCCUCUGCUGCGUCACGUUAAGGACCAGCGACCGGUGAGCGGAAUGGACGGCCCCAUCGCUCUCAUCCUCGCGCCCACCCGUGAGCUUGCCAUGCAGAUCUACAAGGAGUCCAAGCCGUUCGCUAAAGUCAUGAACCUGCGCGUGACCUGCUGCGUCGGCGGCCAGUCCAUCAGUGACGACAUUGCUGCCAUGAAGAAGGGAGCCGAGAUCGUGGUAUGUACGCCGGGUCGCAUGAUCGACUUGUUGACUGCCAACAAUGGUCGCGUGACCAAUCUGCGUCGUAUUACGUUCAUGGUUAUGGACGAGGCCGACCGCAUGUUCGACAUGGGCUUCGAGCCGCAGGUCAUGAAGAUUGUCAACAACACGCGCCCCGACGCCCAGAAGGUGCUGUUCUCCGCCACGUUCCCAAAGACCAUGGAGUCGCUCGCGCGCAAGAUUCUUGUCAAGCCGCUCGAGAUUACCGUCGGUGGCCGUUCCGUCGUCGCACCCGAGAUCGACCAACGCGUUGAGGUCCGCGACGCCGACACAAAAUUCAACCGUCUGCUCGAGAUUCUCGGCGAGAUCGGGCAGGACCACCCCGAUGAGCCCGACUACCGUGUGCUCAUCUUCGUCGACAGGCAGGAGUCGGCCGACGAGCUCUUCCGCGAGCUUCUGCAGCGUGGAUACCUGUGUACUUCGCUGCAUGGCGGCAAGGACCAGGUCGAUCGUGAGGACGCUAUCCGCAACUUCAAGAGUGGCGACAUCCCGAUCGUCAUCGCGACAUCGGUCGCUGCCCGUGGUCUCGACGUCAAGCAACUUAAACUGGUCAUCAAUUAUGACGCCCCCAACCACAUGGAGGACUACGUCCACCGUGCUGGUCGAACGGGUCGUGCCGGCAACACGGGUACCUGCAUCACCUUCAUCACGCCUGACCAGGAGAAGUUCUCGGUCGACAUUGCGCGUGCGCUCGAAGCCUCGGGCGCGUUCGUUCCCGACAAGCUGAAGGAGAUGUCGGAGGGUUUCCUCGCCAAGAUCAAGUCAGGCAAGGCUCGCGCUGCCCGUUCCGGCUUCCGCGGCAAGGGUCUCGAGCGCCUCGACCACAAGCGCCAAGAGAAGGACCGCGCCGAGAAGCAGACGUAUGGCGACACGUCGGAGGCUGUCUCGCUGUCUUCGCGCGAGGGUGCUGUCAUUCCGUACAAGCCGGCUACGAAGGAGACGAAGAGCACGACGAAUGACUCGCACCUCAUGGCCGGUGACACCGAUUACACCUUCACGGAGAUUGCCGUCGAGAUUGUCCACGGUCCGGCUCCCGACAAGCUCCCGUCCGACCUUGCGCACCGUGGUUCUCGCAACGAUGCCAAGUCGCUUCCUGCGCAGACUCUUGCGAUGCUCGAGAAGGCGCGCAAGGAGGGCCGCCACAUCGACGCCGCGAACCUGUCCAAGAUUGCGCAGAAGCUGUCCAAGCAGAUCGAGCACAGCAAGGCUGCUGCCCUCGGUGCUGCUCUGCCGCCGUCCGACCCGUCGCGCCGCAAGGACCCGGACGCGACUGAGUGGCACGCCAUGUUCCCGAUCAACGACUACCCGCAGAAGGCGCGCUGGAAGGCGACAAACAAGGAGCAGAUGAUGCUCCUGCAGGAGCAUUCGGGUGCGUCCAUCACCAUGCGCGGUGUGUACUACCCGCCCGGACACGAGCCCGAGGCAGGCCAGGAGCCCAAGCUGCACCUGCUCAUUGAGUCCAAUGACGAGAUGCGCGUGCGCUCCGCCGUCGAGGAGCUGCGCCGCUCGCUCGUCGAAGCGUCCGUCCAGGCGCUCAACAGCGCCGACCGCGCGCACGCGUCUGGAGGAAGGUACGCCAUCUAA